AUGAGUUUUCGGUCGCACUCCGUCUCACACUGGGCUAGGUCCGAAACUCGUACAUUCACCGAUUGGAAGGUAAAUGGUAAAAUACGUGUGAAGCUAAUAGCCGGCGGCGGGGACGAGGAAAAUCCCCAAAUCCGGCCCGAGGACAGCAACACGUUGAUAGCAACGCCGCAGCGAGCAUGCAAACUGCUACAGUGGCACAUUUACCGGGGAAGGCAUCAGUGGACCACUUGUUGCUCGGAACUUCUCGCCUCCGCAACGACGAACUCCGCUUAUUCGGGUGCCCGC